AUGGUGAGCGGCGAUACGGGCCGUUGCGGUGUGUGUCACACCGCCAAGCAGUCGAAAAUCAGCUUCGUGCGAGGCCUGGCGCCUGUGCCGACCAUUGCUGGCUUCCUGCAGAAAUCUUGCGACCCUCCUGCGCCGUCGCAGUCCGUCAGUCAGCCCGCAGGGUCGUCGCUGUGCGAGGAUGGCGCCGCAGUCUCGCUCCUCGCGCUGGGCGUCCUCAGCCGCGAGAGCAACGCGCAGCAGCGGGACGGAGUGCGCGAGACGUGGUUUCGGCUCGCAGGUGACCGCGAUUCGGCCGCGUGCUUUGUUGUGCGCCUGCCGCUGCGGAGCAGCAGCGCGCUGGCGGCAGAGCGCGAGCGGCACCGCGACCUGGUGCUUGUCAACGCGUCGCUUCCCACGGAACUCCCAAACUCUGUCGUUGAGAUGUCCUUUGCCUGGUGGAUCGCCGCCGCCGCUCGCUUCCCAAACGCCGUCUUCCUCGGCAAAACUGACGACGACGCGUGGGCUUGCCUCCCUCGCUCGACUCUCUACAUCGGCAAGCACAUUGUCGCCACGCACUGCGUCGCCAAACAGACGGCUGCCGGCGCCCGUCCUAUGGCGACUGGCCGCACCUCAUGUGGACGCGGCACAACCUGA